AUGGCAAUUCUAUUUAAAGCUCACUCGUUGCCCAAGUCAACGAAGAUUUUGCUUUCAAUGGUAACUUCAGUUCUGUUGCUUAUUUUCCUUAUACGAUUUAAUAAAUAUAGGAAUCAAGAGGUGAAAGAGGAUGGUACAACUCUUAAAUUUAAAGAGAUAAAUGUCUCCUUUCUACAGCUAGUGCCCAGGUUUACUAUAUAUUACCCGUGGGUAUUAGCCACGUCAAUUUUUGCGGAGUCUACCAUAUUCUCAUUUAUUCCAUCAUUUUAUGUGUUGUUGGUUUCUUCAAGAUAUCUAGAAAAGUUUUGGGGGUAUAAAGAAGUCUUGAAAUUUGUUUUCAUAGUAGGUACAAUAAGCAACCUACUCACGGUUUUAAUUACCAUCGUGUUUAACUUAAUACGCGGCGAUGUAAAGGGAAUGGAUCGACCAUUGGGAGGAGGUAUUUCAUAUUACUUUGGAUUCUUGGUGUCUUUAAAGCAGUUGAUUCCAGAGCAUAAUAUUAUAUUAUUUAAAGGGCUAUUAAACUUCAGGGUGAAACAAUUACCAUUUAUUUUGAUUGGUCUCGUUUCUUGCUGGUCACUUUUGAUAAGUCGCUCAAUAUAUCCAGCAGUUCCUGCAAUUAAUAGUACUUUGAUUGCCUUCAACUACUUGAGAUUUUAUCAAGCCUUUUGGUCUGACCCAUUACUUCCUAUUACUACUGCAAAUGGGGACAACUCAAACUCUUCUUUUAUUAGAGGUGAUGCUUCGGAUACAUUUAGACUAGUUGAAUUUUUCCCAAAUAUCCUUAAACCUUACUUGUCUGGUUUAUUCGAAAAAACAUAUGAUUUAUCUGUUUUCCUUGGUAUAGUCACUCCUUUCAAUGACGAUAUAAUUGAGCAGAGCAAUUUAAGAACCCAAAGGCGACUGGAACAAGCCAGUCAAUCGCAGAAAAGUGUGGCAAAUUCGGUCGCUGAAAGGAGAAGACAAGUUGCAUUACAGGUCAUUGAAGACAGAAUCAAUAAGGAAACAAACAAAUAG